AUGCAUGUUCGAACAGAAAAAGAGUGCAAAAACUCUGGCUUAUGCAUUUGGGAGAUAGAUAAAUGUAUUAUAAAACCUGGCCAAUCAUACAAUACAGAGAUGAGUAAUUCGAAUAAAUGCAAGAGAUAUGCAUAAGAGGAUUGUAGACAAUAAGAAUUUUGUGGGUUUUAUUUUGGUUAAUGUAUUGAUUUUGAUGACUGCAUAAUUUUUGAUAAAGAUAGUUGUUAAGAGUCUUCAUAUAAAUGUGUUUCUGAUGGCUCAAAGUGCGUUCAAAUAUAAGAAUGCAGUGAUUACAAAACAGAGAAUGGAUGUGCCAAUAUAAAUAAGUAUAACAAGUACUGCUUUUGGAUCGGAGGGAUUUAAAAACAAUGUUUAGAUGUCAUAACUUGUGAAGGUCUACCAAUAUACUUAAAUAAUCAUUAAAUGUGUGAAUCAGGCCUAAAGGGAUGUACAAUAAGUGAGAAUGGUUAUGGAUGUAUAAACUAAAUGGAGUUUUGUUCAUAAUAUGCUAAUAAUUUCUAAUGCUUUCAAAGUAAAAAAAAUAAUUGCUAUUGGGAUUAAAAAAAUGAAAAAUGUGUAGAAAAAGUGUGCGAAAAUCUACUGUUCACUCAGGAUUACGAAUGUAAAGGAAUUUUAAGUGAUUGUACAACUAACGGAGUGCAUUGUGUAAAAAGGAGAUAAUGUAGUGAUGCUUAGAGUAUAUCUGGUUGUGUAACGGAUUUAGAGGGUAAAAAAUGUGAAUAUCAUUAAAAUCAAUGUAAAAUAAAAAGUUGCAGCACUGCUCCAGAUUCUCUUAGGAAUUAUCAAUAAUGCUAGGAUUAUGAUAAUCUAUUAGAUUGUGUUACUUCAGAAAACAAAGGAUGCAAAACACGACCUGAAACAUGCUAUGGUUACGCUGAAGAAGUAGAUUGCUAUUCUAUAACAUAAUAAGAUUGUGUUUGGUAUAAAAAUAAAUGCGAACAAAGAUAAUGUUACCAUGCACCAGAUUAUUUUACUCAUGAAGUUUGUCAUUUUUAUGGGAAUUGCAUAGGGAAAUUAGGUGGAGGAUGUUAAAUGA